CCUCUGUCUCCACCAGCUCCUGUCUGGAAGCUCAAUCAUUAGAGAGAGCUCUGUUUCCCUCAGCCCAGCCCCCUCACCUCUCUCCCUCUCUCUCUCUCUCUCCCCCCAAAAACCUCCAUAACCCAAACAGGCCCCUUCUCUCUCCUUCUCUCUCUCUACAAUUUCCACACCAAGGCAAACAAAACGUACACACUCUGUGUGUACCCUAAACCCAGCUAAACACCGUCAAUUUCUUCCAUGUCUAAUUCCGAAGCGCCCAAUAACGAGCUCACUAACGGCGGCGGAGGAGGAGGGAUGGUGGAGCAGCAGGCGUCGCAGAGGCCGUCUAGUAACGGCGUCUUGGCCGUGAAGAAGCCGCCUUCGAAGGACCGCCACAGCAAGGUCGACGGUCGAGGCCGCCGCAUCCGCAUGCCCAUCAUAUGUGCCGCACGUGUGUUCCAGCUCACACGUGAGCUCGGCCACAAGUCAGACGGCCAGACCAUCGAGUGGCUCCUCCGCCAGGCCGAGCCCUCCAUCAUCGCCGCCACCGGAACCGGCACCACCCCCGCCUCCUUUUCCACCGUCUCCGUCUCCCUCCGCGGCGGUGCCCCCUCCUCCUCCGCCCCCUCUUCCACCACCUCAUCCGACCACAAGCCUCACCUCCUCGGCGGCCCCACCCCCUUCAUACUCGGCAAGCGCGUCCGCGGGGCCCACGACGACGACAACGGCAACCACAACCACAGCCACGACGCCAAGGACCCCUCCGACCACGCCAACGACGGAGCCGUCUCCGUCGUCGGCCACUCCAUGGCCUCCAUGCUUGGCCCCACCGCGGGGGGUCCUGGCGGCUUCUCGGCCCCGCACUUCGGGCAGGUUUGGAGCUUCGCCGCCACACCUCCGCCGGAGAUGAUGGCCCAGUCGGCGGUUUCCCACCAGCAACACCCGCAGCAUCAGCAGCAGCAGCAUUCGUUGUUCUUACAGCAACAGCCGAUGGGCGAGGCCUCAGCGGCCAGAGUGGGAAAUUACCUUCCAGGACAUCUCAAUUUGUUGGCUUCUUUGUCGGGCGGGCACGGAAAUUCGGGUCGGAGAGAAGACGACCCGCGUUGAAGACUCGGAUUAUAGACCGUCGGUUUCUGGUGGUUGGGUCGUGCUGGUGGUGGUGUGCUUUGUUGGUAUAUAUAAAUAUGUGUUUGUUGCCUGUAAAAAGAAAAAAGCAUGUUGGAUGAAGCCGGGGCAAUUAUGCUAGCAAAAUUGAAGCAGUUAUCUCCUACAACAUGGGGUUAGAUGGUUUUUGUUAAUGUUUGUUAAUAUAUAUUGAAGUCAAAGUUCAUGUUGAAGUACUGGUUUUCAUGGUGUGCUGUUCAAUUAGAUUUUCGGAACCGAUGCUUCCAUCUGACAAUAAAAUCAAAGUGAUCCAUCAUAUUGAAACCCUAA